AUGGCCCGCGAACUCCCUCCCGGCUACAGUCUACAUGAAGGCUACCCCUCCGCCGAGACAUAUUGCAAUCUACGCAAAUCCACGGGUCUAUCAGUGUGUGCUCUGGCACAAGCCCAAGCUGUACCAAGCGGGAGUUGGUAUGGCUGUAUGAUCAAAUACACACGCCCACCUUCCUCUAAAGACCACCAAGAUGAAAAUAAACAACCCGAGGUCGUCGCCAUGGGCCGCAUAAUUGGAGACGGAGGCUGGUACUUUGUCAUUGCCGACAUGGCUGUUUCGCCGGUUCAUCAGAGAAAAGGGUUGGGGGAUUGUGUGCUCAAGGCACUCAUUGAAAAGAUCAGGUCAUCGCCUGUGGUAGCUGGUGUGCUUGAAUCUGGGGGUCCGAAGCCGUAUGUGAAUUUACUUGCGGAUGAGCCAGGAAGAAAAUUGUAUGAGAGGAAUGGGUUUGUAUAUACAGCGCCGCAUUCGUUGGGGAUGAUGUUGCAGUGGGAUUGA